CCACAGCAACACGCCCCUCUAUGAUAGGUUAUUGUAGUCAUACCAUUGGUGGCGAGUGGUCGAAGACCAAGUGCCGCUUGACUCAUCCCGCGUUCGUUACUUUGCAUUUCUGGUUUUUUUUGAAUAGAUCCUGAUCUCCACCAUGCGAUCGCUUGAUUUGGCCCACAGGAAAAACGCCCUAGCACAACAGGAAAUCAAUUCUGCGAGGAACAACGAGGCCCGACUUGAGAACCAGAUUUAUGAACUCGAUCAGAACCUGGCGGAGGCCCGGAGAGAGUCCCAACGGUUGUUGAGGGCCAGGAAGGAUAGUGAACGCCAGCUGGAACAGAACAAUGCUGCAUUGGAGCGGGAAAGAGCCCUGUGGAUGGAACGUGAGGCGGAACUGACACGGAGCCUCAAGUUUGCAACGAGGCCGCUCAUUGUUCAGGCACCCGCAAAAGAGGAGGACCGACAGGAAAGGGACAAAGAGCCAGUAGAUGCUCUGCCUCCGCAGAUUCAACAGCAGAUCGCAGAGAACACUGCCGUCCACACGAGAGCACUGAGAGCGAACGAAAGGAUGAUUUCCGAACUUCGACAGCAGAUCCUGACCAUGAACCAGGACCUGAUCGAACGCCAGCACAACGCCAGUCUUCGGGAAACAGAGCUCCAGGCAGAGAUUUCUCAGGCGCGCGAGCUGAACAGAGGCCUGAUGGAGGAAAAUGAGAGUUAUCAACUCUUGUUGCAUGAAAAGUCGAUGAAUGGCGAGUUUAUGCAGACAAGCAUCAUGAAGAGCACGGGCUAUGAUGACGAUCUUUCAGGCACGGGCAGCAGCAAUGGCUCCGUCAACCUUGCGGACGAACUCGGUCGGGCCUUCAAUCAAUUCCCACCAGAGCGGUCGAUGGAAUCCCUGGUCGAUGAGAACAAGACGCUGAAGGAGGAAAACAAGGCGCUCAACCUGUACAUCACCAAGAUUCUGUCCCGCAUCAUGGAGCGACCCAUGUUGACCUCGGUCCUCGCGGCGGAUUACAGUCCGGGACGUGGAGCCGCGCCGGCAUCGCCGCCAUCUGUCAUCAAGUCUCAAGCGAUCAGGAGCAACGGAGGCGCUGGCAGCAUCAACAGCACCAACAGCGGCUCCGACACGGAUUCGAAGAAGGAAGAGAAGAGGCCCGAGAAGAAGGAGCCCAACCGCCCGCGUUCACAGUCCGUGCUGUCAAUAUUCUCAUGGUCCAAGCCCGCACCACCACAACCAACUGCAUCGGGCAAGAGCUCGACCCGCAGUAGUUCUGAGGACGAUAGCACGAAUGAUCUGGCGUCCUUCCAGGAGGGAGUCGCGAUCGAGGACUCUCCACGGACGAGUCAGUCCUCUGGAGAUUAUGCGACCGUGUACCAAGAACACCGACCGUCGAUGGAGUACGAGCAGCUGACGACGUUUGAACAGCCCUUUACGCGCCAGCAACUCCAACGACACAGGACACUGGGCGCCGGUGCUGCACAGGAACGCCACCAGCGCCGACAGACGAUCGGGACCUCGGGAGUGUCGCAUCUGAGGGGUACGGCUCAUGGACGGUAUGUGAGUGAGUCGAACGCGACGCCCGCUUCUGCUCAGAACCGGCGGACGAUGAUGCCCUCGACCAAGGGAGCGCUGUCGACGCUUCCUCCGAUGCCAGAGUCACGGCAGUCGAUGUCUUUAUCGGACGAUGGGAUGCACGAUCAUUCGACCUCGAUGUUCGGAUCCGGAGCUCGGACCCCUGCGUUGUCGAUCUCGACGUCCGAGAUGAGCUUGUCGAGCAGUGUGUCGACGGCUGCGACGGUGGUGUCACCGACAGCGACGCCGACGACCCCGACGAUGAUGCCGGAGGCCGGGAAGUGGCAGAAGCCGUUCAGGAGGAUGAGUUGGUUUGCAGCGAAUAACGCGGGUAUGAAGGAUGCUCAACAGCCGGUCAUGGUUGCUGAGGAGGAGAGAGCAGCUGAAGCCAUCUAGCCAUCUAGCCAUCUAGCCAUCUAGAUCCGAAAAAAGAAAAAAAAAAACAACCCCAUGGAUGACUCCAAUAAAAGAAUAAAAGAAUGAAAAUAGGG